AUGGCCUCUGUCGCAGAAGCUCGCCGGAGCCCUUUUGCCGGCGACCGCAACCCGAACAUGCACAGGUCCAUCCCCAUCCUGCCCUCGUCCGCCUCCUCGCUGGCGCCCCCACGAGACCCAAUGGACCUGACGCCCGCCUCGACCUCGACCUCGACCUCGACCUCGGCCAUGGACCCGCCGACCUUGACUGUGUCCAGCCCAGACCGGGACCGACUCCUCACGCCCACACACCAGACGCACACGCACUCGCACUCGCACUCGCACUCGCACCCGCACACGCACCCGCACCCGCACACGCACCCGCACCCGCACUCGCACUCGCCAUUGGCAAACGGCGACUCGGACACCCACGCGCCCAGCAGCACCGCCAGCGCCAACGCCAACGUCAACGUCAGCGUCAACGCCAAUGCCAGCUCUGCGCCUGUCGUGGGCGCGGCUGCAGCUGCACAGCAGCCCAAGGUGGUGCAGACGGCCUUUAUACACAAGCUCUACAACAUGCUCGAGGAUCAGAGCAUCCAGCACCUCAUUUCCUGGUCCAGCACAAACGAAAGCUUCGUCAUGUCGCCUUCGAGCGAAUUUUCAAAAGUCCUGUCCUCGUACUUCAAGCACACAAACAUCUCCUCGUUUGUCCGCCAGCUGAACAUGUACGGAUUUCACAAAGUGAGCGACGUUUUCCACACAGGGUCGCCAGAUUCGCCUCUGUGGGAGUUCAAGCACGGAAACGGCAACUUCAAGCGCGGCGACCUCGUGGGCUUGCGUGAGAUCAAACGGCGAGCCUCGAGACAUGCCCUCAUACACCGCGACUCGUUUUCCACCCCCAAGCUCCCCACCGGCCCCCCGCCGACUACACAGCCCAUCGAGCAGAUGCCCGAUCCCGUCGAGUCGCGCCUCAACGCUCUCGAGUACAACUUGCAUAACAUGCACUCGCACAUACAACGCUCCGAGGACACCUGCGCCUAUCUCAGCCAGAAAGCAGCCGUCUUGAUGGAAGGCAUGAUGCGCUGUCAUCAGUGGAACCAGGAGCUCACCCAUCACAUAAUGGACCUCGUGCCAGAUCCAGAUCACCCGGUGCACAAGAACAUCGCACUGAUGCACCGAGACAUCAGCCGAUAUACCGAAAUGCUGCGCACAUUAGAUCAGCCAGAAGAGCCGGUUUCAGCGAGAUCUGCGUAUUUCAUGCAGCUGGACAGUAACGGACCACCGCUCUCGCCACGAGCAAUGCCCCAUGACCAGUAUCCAGACUCUCGACGCGGAUCUUUGGCUGGCCCUCCGCGACAGACGCCUGUAAAACCUCCCGUCCCAGCGCACCUUGCCAUCUCCCCACGUCGCUAUGGCUCGAUCGGCACAGGAAACUACUCACCGUCGUCAGCCAGACCGCCGGCGGCACAUCAGCCACCCCCACCGCCUCCACCGCCUCCACCCUCCAUCCAAGCUCCAGGAGGAAACGGGCGAAACAAUGUGGGGAGCGGAGCCUCGCCCCCAUACAACCAAUUCCAGCGGCGACACACUUCUGCAGAUAUCCGCACGCUCGGCUGGCAGCCACAGCCCCCACCCACGCAUUCACCCUACGCAUCUGGCCACAACUCCACACAAUGGCCCUCUUCACCCCACAGGCCGCCCAUUGGAGGUGGCGACGAGCAACUCCGCAACGCCCUGGAGUCCUACCAGCUUCCUCGGGGUCCGCGUGGGCGGACAUCAAGACAAGGCACGCCACCGGAUGGUCCUCCCUCCUCUUUGAACCCCGACAGCGGCUGGACACUACCCGGAGCCCGCUACCCGUUCAAGGGCUUCGACACGCCCGGGCCGCCGACACGUCGCUCGAGCAUGGCAUCGAAUGUUCACUCACUCCUGAAUCCCGCCGAGACCGCCGAGAGGGCCGACGAAGACGAGCCCGAGGAUCCACGGAAGAGGAAGAGGAUGCAGUAA